AUGGAGCCACGGCAGCUCAGCGGGACCGGGUACCGCGGGUUUGGAGCUGAGAGACCCCCGGAAAGGCCAGGGGGCUCACCGGGAGCGGUUCCCCGGGUGUGGGCUCAGAGUUCCUCACUCUGGGGGCUCAGCGACCCCCGGGCCCGCGCCCAGGCCGCGCCGCGCCGUUGCUAUGGAGACCGGCGCGCCGGAAGUGGCGCUCCUCCACCUUCCCACAGGCCCUUGCGCGGCCGCGGCCAAGAUGGCGGCGCUGGGAAGCGGCGGGGCGCGAUGGCGGCGGGGAACGGGACAGGGAACUGCUGGGAAGGGAAUGGGAAGAAGCUGCUGGCCCUGACCGAGUACCUGCCCCCGCGGCCCGCCCUGCCGCCGCGCUGCCUGCCCCGGCCCGGCCCCCGCGACUCGCAGGAGGACGGCUACGCGCGGGUGCUGCGUGCCCAGCUGCAGGCCGUGCUGGCUGCCAGCCGCAUGGUGGCCGUGUGCCAGUACAACUCCAUGGCCGAGGAGGACGUGGCCACGCUGCGGCACUUCCUGCGCCGCCACGACAUCCACGUCAAGUUCGUCCUCAACGAGGUUGCCCGGCCGGUGCUGGCGCAGUCCAAGUGGAGGAACCUGCUGCCGCUGUUCGUGUGCCGGAACAUCCUGCUGGUGAGCCCGGAGCCGCGCGCCAGGGAGAUGCUGCGGGUGCUCAAGGGGGUGCCACAGGUCAACCUGCUGGGCGCCUGCAUCGACGACACCAUCCUGAGCCGGCAGGGCGUGGAGACCUUGUCCCGGCUGCCGCCGCUGGAGGCGUGCCGCGGGCAGACGGUGGCGGCCCUGUCCCUGCCGUGCUCGCACACCUCGUCCCUGCUGCAGCACGGCCCCGCUCGCCUCGCGGCGCUGCUGGACCGGCACAUCCGGCGGCUGCGGGGCACCGGGACAGCCGCGGGCAGCCGCUGACGCUGGGGACUGGCGACCACUUCCUUCCCUGGAGCCCCCCGGGUUGAAGGAUCACGGACACAAUUCCCGUGGAAUUCUGCAGCUCCGCAGAGCGGGGUCAGGGGCUGGAGGUGUGACGCUGAGGGUCCUGCGGCCCCCCAGCCCCAGCAGGGAGUGGUGGCCGUUCCCUUGUGCUCCCCUGGGGUCGUCCCAGCAGCGUUCCAGCUGUGGUCGGGGGUCUCUGGGAGCAGCCAGAGGAGGAGGAGGAGCGCGGGGUGGACCCUCCAGGGGGGACUUUGGGCACUCCAAGCCCCGUGCCUUGGGGCUGGGGGCGUGCUGUGGCGCUGAUCCCACCCCGGGGUCGCUGGCCUGUCCAUUAAAGUGUCUGUGUGGAA